AUGAAGAUGGUUCGUCUCCGCAGCUCCGACGGCGAGGAGUUCGAGGUAGCGGCGGAGACCAUUGGCGCGGCUUCGAAGAUGAUCAAGGGCUUGCUGGACGAAGAAGUCGACGUCGCCGUCGACGUGAUCCCUCUCCCCAACGUCAAGGGCCCCAUCCUCUCCCGCAUCCUCGACUACGUCAACAGGCACUUCUCCGGCCCCGACACCUCGUACAUCCCUAUGGCCGACGACUCCCUCAAACGCUUCGACGACUCGUUCGUCCAGGUCGACCAGGACCUCCUCUUCGACCUGCUUCACGCGGCCAAUUACCUCGCAUUGCAGAGCCUGCUCGACCUGACGAGCAAGACGGUGGCGGACCAGAUGAGGGACAAGACCCUCGAGGAGAUCCGCAAAAAGUUCAACAUCGUCAACGACUACACCAAGGACGAGGAGCAGGAGGUUCGCAGGGAGAACUCGUGGGCAUUCGACUAG